AACCUCAUCGACGAGAGGCUCAAUCUACUGAGGCCUUAACUUUGCAUCUCUCGCUCAACCUUAACUAGUAGGAUUGAGGACAAGCCUAGCUUGUGUUGACUUCGCUGCUGGCCUUUUGGACGGUAGUGGGCCUCGCUGCCCCUAACCGAUACAUCGACCUUUAGUGCGUCUACGUGCAUAAUUCGACUUGUCUUAGACGAUCUAGAGGUGUUGGACUAUUGAACUAUUUCGAUACAACAGGCUUGAACUUCUAUGUGUUAGCCUACGCUUGAUUCUAUCCACGACAUUCGCUUCAAUAUGGCAAGAGCUGUUCUUGUCAGCGCUUCUCUGGGUGCCGUUGCUCUAUUGGCAACGGCAUCUAUCCUGGCUCUUCAAGUAAUCGUAGCUCAAGGGCUUUGGGGAUCAUCCUCCCCAGCUAAAUUCGCUGCAAUUGUCGCCUCAGCGUUCGAAAUAAUAAUAUUGAUAUUGCUAAUUAUCCUUUUUGCUAAAUGUGUUGGACGGGGAAUGGAGUUUGGUAGAAGAAAGUCUAAUGGGAUCUGGUUCGCAUCGGGGGUUAUUGCAAGUGUAUUGGCAUCGGCUGCGUCAGUUGUGACGCUGGUUACGUUGGGAAGACCAGUGGGAUUACCUCAAACGAUAUUACAAACGCCAUUGACGAACUGGCGUAUCGGAACUUCAAUCGCACUUGUUAGUGCUUUCGUGGGACAGCUCGCUUUUAUCGUCGUCUAUUUUGUCGUCCACCGGCUACCCGACUCGGAGCAGGCGCUAUCACUUCACACUAAUGAAGAUAGCUCUCGACAGCUGCCGAGGCAUGUAAAAUCUAUUCCUUACAGUCGAACGGUGCCUGCUACGAGUCAGACUACGAUAGGCAAGCGGACACUGACGGACUAUCCAACGCCACCGGGCUCGAGCGCUGGCAAGUCGAUGGCUGAGACUAUAAGUUCAAUCCGUACCUCUGUUUCUCAGGCCGUACGUCCGAUUGGAGCUCAUACUAGGUUGCUUUCCUCGGGUUCAAGAACUGGGCGCCGCCCUGCUUCUAUUGACUCAAACGGUUAUCGAGAGCGAAUGAGCGUGACUGUUUCGGAGGAUGGCUUUGAUUCUUGGGAUACGUCCUCAGUCGAUACCCAGAACCGGCAAUUAAUCGUGGAGACAAGCCCGCCCAUCCGGUCAGGUAGAUUUCUGGAAACCAUUCCUGCGAGCCCGACAACCAGUCGAAGCCCGAGCCCUGGAAACGCUCUGGACUUCGAGCCUCCAAAUAUAAACCGCAAUCGCAGGAGCCGGAGCUAUAGCCCGCUCCCCAGGCCGCCACAACACGAGCGUAGCAUGACGCCUCAAUCCAUAUCGGGCGAGCUACAUAUUCAUCCGCUCUUCCGAUCUGAUUCUCCAGCACCACCAGCGGUUACUCCUGGAACGGUGGUUAUUGCAGCGCCCAAUGCAGGACAGACUAUAUCAGAGAAGUCUCUCACUCAAAUGCGUAGUAGCAGUCUAAUAGCGGGCUCCGGGCCCCUUAGCCGGCAAGGCAGUUAUGACAGCUUCCGGAAGACACCGAGCCAUAAUACGGAUCUCCUUCGUGUAGAGGAUCUAGCUGUAGAGAGGAAAAUGACGCCGCCGAUUCCUGACUGGAUUCUGAAUGCCGGAUCAACGACAAGCUUGACCGAUUAUCAGGUCAAGAAAUAGCGGGAGCGUGAGGUUUUAGAAGAGACCUCAAGCACCCACUGAUGGCAUCCAUGACUACUACUGAUGAUGAUGAAUAUGACUCAGGACUCUUUAUUCGAGAGCCCUUGGAACGUGGAAUUGGGUUUGGGGGACUUAGAAGAUACCAUUGUCUUUUUUUUAGCGCGGCGUUGAACCAACUACGUUCUCAACCUUGGAAAGGGCUUUAUCAGUAUCUCCUUAUGAAUGCGAGGAG